AUGGGCGUUUUGCGACGUAAGAUACAUCUACCCGGCGCUAGGAGAGAGGAUCUGGUGCUGCCAAGAUUCGAGAAUUCCGUUGACCCCAUUACCGCCUUCAAUGCAAUCAUCAGAGGACAGUCCAUUUGCAUGAUUGUCAGCUUUGGCAGGCACCAGCGAGCCAGUCUGCGAAACUUCCCAUCAAGCGACAUGCUAAUUGAGAUCCAUGUCCAUCCAGCCUUCCCAGCCUUAACCCUCCUCCUCCCCGCGCAGAUCUCCCAGUCCCACCCAAUCUCCGCGCUGAACAUGAACUAUACAAUCCUAGUGAUGGCUGCUCUCGCGGUCGCCAUGGCUCUGGCGUGGUUCUUUGAAGGCCGAACGCUGUAUUCGCCCCCGCUGGAUGCAGAAUGUGCGUUGGUUGGGACUACGGGCACGGUUGUUGAGGGCUGCGCUGUAUCAGGGGAUGGAAGCAAGGAUGAUGUUAGCGGUGGUGGAGAGGACAGUGCUGAUGCGAAGAAGGUUGCUGCAAAGAAUCUGGAUGUUCGCGAAGUUGUCUAG